CAUAUAGUAUUAUAGGCAUGGACGGCCCUGGGUUUUAUAACAUAUAUAGUCAUAGAUAGAUAGAUAACUGAUAACACUAUAUGUUUGAGAUAUAUAGCUAUUAGUAGACCUUUUAUAGUGCGGAUAACUGAUUGAUUGAGCGAGCCUUCGUGUAUAAACACCACGAAAAUCUUUACCCUAACGAAAUCUUUAAAAACGGGUUGUUUUUUUGGAUAUUGAUAAAGUAAUUGUUUGUCAAGUGAUUGUUUUUACAGUUUUUACAGUUUCGUAUUACAUAUGAAUGAUAUCACAAGUCUGAGUAUCACAGGCAUGUACUACAUUUAAACCUAUAGUUUGGUUAAAAAGCUGGUAGCAUAUAUCAUGGAGUGGGAUGUUUAAUUUUUUAGACGUUUUUCAUAUCGGAUAGUUCAGCCAUAACUCAAGACUACCACCCUGCCAAAUAUGGUAUGCGCUGCUAAAAAUAGCUCAUUACGUAUGGCGGUACGCGUUCUCUAUGCAAAUCGCAAUCUUUUUUUAGGACUAAGUUUUUGUCUUAUUUUGAUCAAUUUGUUUUGACAAAAAAGCUUUCAAGUCAGGUAUUACAUUCACAGUCUCAUUGUAAUCGAAGUAAAAGCAGCUGCUGGAAUAUCAAGGUUAAACUUUGAAGAACCAUCGUCAAAAAAUGUCUGAAGGUUUUGUUUACGAUACCAUCACGUCACAAUCGGUCAGGCCAACAAACAACAAACAAAGCAUACUCUCAGCAAAAGAUAUCGCUCAGAAAUCAACCCAAAUGGCUUCAAUCAAAGAUGUAUUUUUACCAAAUAAGAAUUCCUUGCCCUGCAAGAUGAAGCAUUUGGCUGAUCUAAAGGCGGAACUCGGAAAUGAAGCACUGUGGGAGAUUUUUCACGCUGAGGGACACGAAAUGAAAAUCACCAACACGGGACGGUCAUUAUUUCCAGUCUUAAUGGUGAAACUUGCAGGGCUAUCGCUUACCGAGAAAUACAGCGUGUCGGUUAACUUUUCGAAUGUUGACACGGCUAGGUAUCGCUAUCUUCCGACCAAGAACGAAUGGCAUCAAUUUUUUCUGGCAGAGCGCGAGGUAACUACGAAAGGUGGCCGAAGAUUAUACGAGCACCCGAACUCCCCUGCAUUCGGCGCGUUCUGGACGGCACAAGUGCUCACGUUUGAUAAACUGCGUUUGAUAAACAACUUAAAUAAAACUGACAAACAUAUGAUCCACGUGUCAAGUCUGCGUAAAUACCGUAUUCAAGUUAUCGUAACCAAACUUACUUGUUCACACUGUCAUCAACCUCACGUGCGCAUGAUCGAACUACCUCUGACCGAGUUCAUUGCUGUGACUGGCUACCGAAAUAGCAAAAUCACACGAUUGAAAAUUGAGAUGAAUCCUUUGUCUGCUGCAUUCCGGGAAAGCUACAAGACUCGUAGAGCUGCUCGUAAGAGAAAUCUAGAAGCACUUCAUGAUCAGUGUGCUAACAAAAAGCUAAAACAAGAUGACGACGUAACAAAUGCUGAUAUGAACCGCAGUUGCUCAUUGAAAGAAAGGGAAGAAAGGCCAAGGAGAUCAUGUUGCAAAACAUCUCCGGACACCUUAACAUCGCAGGAUGCGCCAUUCAUCGAUCUUACUGAUCACGUGAAAACCUUUCUGCAGCACGACGCCGUACCUCCUCCCCCUCCAAAUGACAUCACAAUUUACCCUCAUUUCCAUCAGCUUCUUAACCCUAUCAAUGGUUCAGAACAAUUAAUGAUCGAUAAUAUUCCACAGCUGUGUACACCGGAGAUUGAUUCUCAGUAUCCGAGAAUAGUACCACCAGGUUUCGAGUCACUGGAGCAAUAUGCCUAUGAUUGUGAUUUUCAAUCAUACUGUCAAAAGUACGAUGACUUUACGAGCCCAUUUCAAUACACUGAAUGGGACACUCUGUAUUACUGAGGAAUUGAUA